AUUUCUUCUGUCUUUACUUCAUUUUAUUUGGUUCUUCUGCAAUGUUUCGUAUCGGAGUACAAUAGUUGGAUAAGGGAGAGAAGUAUCGAGGAGAAAAGGAUCAAAAUGAGGUUUCAGUGCGAACGCAAGUCUGAUACUCCAUUUUAUUUUAGUUAGCAAACUAGCAUAAUCUUCUUAUGAAUUAAAAUUUUAUUUAUAAGAGAAUAAAAAAAAAACAAUAUAGUGCCAUUAUCAUGCCCUUGUGUGCUUUCUCUUCAAAUUGUUGGUAUAGUUUUGUGAAAAUGCAAGUUGUAUGCUGCCCAGUUUCUAUUAUUACUACUCUGUUGAACUGUUUCAUGUAUAAUAGGCUCAUUGAAGUAUUAUUUGUUGAGGAGGAGCUUUGCAUGUUUAGAUAUAGAGGAAGCUCCAAGUGCUUUUAUCAGGUAGCUCAAGAGAUAGAGUCCGAAGCAAAGUUUCAGAAUGAUUUCAUAACUCAAUUGCAAAUGACGUUAACUAAAGCCCAGGCUGGGGUAAAGAACAACAUGAGAAGGAUGAACAAGAGCAUCAUCCAGAACGGUUCAAACCAUGUCUUCCAUGUAAUUCUGUUUGCAUUGCUCUGCUUUUUCAUCGUCUACUUUUGGUCGAAGAUUUCCCGGUGAUAAAGAGAUUAGAAUGCAAGAGUGUGCAAAUAGAUGAAUCUUGUGGUUCAUUAUCUGUACUGGAUGUUCUGGAUAGAAAGCAUAUUUGAAUCUAACAACUAAGGUAGCUCCUGUUGUGAGGAUAUUUGCCAAUGUGCUUUGUCGUUGUAAGAUUUUGGUUUAUUACCUUUUCCCGUAAUGCUCGAGCUCAUGGGAUGUUGGAAAA